GUAAUAUUUCAUGUUUCAGUUUGGAUGGUGUAACUUUUUUUAAAAAAGACUAAAAAUUUCGCGUCUGGGGUAGUACGAGUUAACUCAGCCUUUUAUAAAUUCAAUCAAUCUUUUUUCUUUGCCUUUUUUAGUGUUUACUUUUUUAAAUCAUGUCUGCACGUACUUUCUUGACCACCGGUAAAAAAAUUGUCGCUAUCGGUCGUAACUUCAGUGAACAUGCCAAAGAAUUGGGUAACGCUGUUCCCAAAUCCCCCUUCUUUUUUUUGAAGCCCACGAGUUCUUACUUAGCCAACGGUGGCACCAUCGAGAUUCCCAGUGGUUGCGAUGUUCACCACGAAAUCGAAUUAGCCGUUGUCAUGGGCAAAGAAACGCGUGACUGUCCUGCUUCUGAAGCCAUGGAUAGCGUUGCUGGUUAUGCUUUGGCUAUUGAUUGUACUGCUAGAAACCUUCAAAAUGAUGCUAAAAAGAAGGGAUUACCUUGGAGCACUGCCAAGGGUUUUGAUACAUUUACACCCAUCAGUGAAUUUAUUCCUAAAGAUAGUUUCACCAAGACCGAUGAUAUUGAUCUUUGGCUCAAGGUGAAUGACAAGUUCCGUCAACAAGGCAACACCAAGGAUAUGAUCUUCAAUGUGCCUUCUUUGAUUGAAUAUGUCUCAUCCAUCAUGAAAUUGGAAGCGGGUGAUGUUUUACUCACAGGAACCCCCGCUGGUGUCAUGUCCAUCAAGGAUGGUGAUGUGGUGACUGGUGGUAUGAAGCCCGGAAAGGCCGAAAAGGAUAUCAUUACCAUCAAGUUUAAUGUUGCUGAUAGAAAGGGAUUGUUCAAACUCUCUGAAUAAAUACAAAUGCCCCUCCCCCCCUUUUUUUUGACUAAAUGUU